GAAGACUCAACAGCUCCCCGCUUAUCCGAAGCCUGGUGCACGGGAUUGUCCAUGUUUUAAUAAGUCUCCGGAGUUUGAGUCGAAGUGGGAGGAAUUGUAAGUGUUGCGCGCGAUGCGAGAGAGGUAGUCGCGACGAGUGGAGCUGUGUGUUUUUUUUUCUUCCUGGAGGUGGGUUUGUUUUGCGGUGCUGAAUCGGUGUCAAUGGGGGAAUCGGGAGUGAAGUCGAGGGUGGCCUUCAUCUUGGUUGAUGGGUUGGGUGAUGUGGGUAUUCCCUCGUUGGGAUUCAAAUCCCCCGUCGAGGCUGCCAAGACGCCCAACCUGGAUGCUUUGGCUAGUGGCGGCAUCAGCGGGUUGAUGGAUCCCGUGGAGCCAGGACUGGGAUGCGGGAGUGACACCGCGCAUUUGUCUUUGUUGGGAUACAACCCCAGGAUUUAUUAUCGCGGCCGUGGCGCGUUCGAAUCUCUUGGCGCUGGCCUGGCUAUGGUCCCUGGUGAUAUCGCCUUCAAGAGUAACUUUGCUACGAUAGAUGAGGAGACGGGAGUUGUAACAAGUCGAAGAGCAGAUCGUCAUUUUGAGGAGGCGGGUCCGAUCCUCUGUGCUGCUCUCAACGGUCUGAAGUUACCGUCUUAUCCUGAGUACAAAGUCUCUGUGAGGUACGCAACGGAGCACAGGUGUGGGGUUGUUGUUAGUGGACCCGGCCUUUGUGGGAACAUCUCAGGAUCCGAUCCUUUGAAGGACCACCGACUCUUGCUCAAAGUGAAGCCACUAGACGAUACUAAGGAAGCGGCGCACACGGCUAAUGUUGUGAAUGAGCUUUCAGAUGUGAUUCGUGGCAUUUUACGCAAUCAUCCUCUCAACGCAGAGCGCUUAAAACAGGGGAAAGCUAUUGCAAAUCUUGUUCUCCUUCGAGGCUGUGGUAUCCGUAUUGAUGUUCCGAAUUUCAUGGACAUACAUGGGCUACGACCAUGUAUGGUCGCGCCAACAAAGAUCAUUGCAGGGCUAGGUUUGUCUCUAGGGAUUGACAUCCUGGACGCACCCGGCACAACUGGCGAUUAUCGGACCCUUCUCACGAACAAGGCGGUCGCAAUAGCAAAGGCUUUGGCUGCUCCCUUGGCUCCUCCACCCAAUGUGUUUGUACCCGGCGAAGAAGAAACGAAACCAGGACACGCAGAUGGUUAUGACUUCGGGUUUUUACAUGUGAAGGCGAUUGACGACUGUGGACACGACAAGGCAAUGAAGCUGAAAGUGAAGGCUUUUGAAUCUGUAGAUAGAAUGGUGUCCCAGUUAGCGCGUCUGCUGUUGCAAGCGCAGAAGGAAAGUGGGAUACAAUAUUCAAUUUGCAUAACAGGGGAUCAUUCUACGCCCGUAGAGUACGGAGAUCACAGCUAUGAGCCUGUGCCAUUCACGAUUUGCCAUGUCAAUGACCUUGUGAAAGCGAAAGGUGGAGAGGAUGUAGUUCUGGCGGCAGAUUUGGCUCCAUUUAAUCUACCUAACGCUGCUGAUGCUGCCAGGGCUGAAAUUGUGCCCUACGAGAGCUCAGUUAACGCGAAAGCUGUAGCGGGUGACUCUGUGGCGACGUUUGGCGAAAUCGCAGCUGCUCGGGGGUGUCUUGGGCGGUUCACUGGGAGCGAGAUGAUGGGGGUCAUCAAGCACUACAUGGCUAUAAACGCAGCGUCUGUAUAACUGGAAAUGUUCUACACCUAGGAACUGCUUUCAAGAAUUUCCUGCUGUUAAAACAUACCAAAAUGGUGGCAUUUUACAGAAAAAUCCUUGGAAAUGGAAACCAUAGAAAAACCUUUUUCUUGUUGCUCAAGUUUGUGGGUGUCGUCUUUGACACACUGGUGUGUUGGUUUCUGGGCACGCACGGGGUUCAAGACCAUUCCCGUUUUACUGCAUCUCAACGUGCACUUGCAACGUUGAAUUCAGCUCAUUCAGAUUUCGGCAACAGAAGAAUACUCCCUUUCAACAUCUGAUGAGUUGAAUCAGUGCACUAAAAUUAUUCGGCUUGCCUGAACAUCAUCUUCAGGCUGUCAUCGUUUCAAUUGAACGCCGUUUGUACAUCAAACUCAACCUAAACGUGACCUCAGGGAUUGUUCCCCGACUAACUUUCAACUAUUCCUAAUAAAAGCUUCACUACACUA